CAACCUUGACAGCUCUGAGCAUUCCUGAGAGCAACAUGCAGCCGACUAAAGUCAAGACACAAUCUCCGGUGUGACAAUUCUGCAGUCGACGGUGACAGAAUGGGUACCUUGACACACAUCGAUCUCGAUACACCAAACACGAAACUGCGAGACCCAGACUCAUCGAUAGUGCCUCAUGUAGCGCUCUACAUUGUCCAAAUUGUGGCUUUGGCAUCACCAGAGUUUCGCGGUCGUCGCCUUCUAUUCAGCUUAACCAUCAUCGGACUCGCGGUCUGGACACUAACCCACCCACAUUUUACCAAUGAUUUCGCUCUCGCGCAACCGUUCAAUAUAAGUUGGUCAUUUUAUCUCGCAACAUUGGCCAAGAUGCUCCUCAACGAUGCUCCAGAAAGACACUACUGGCGAAUCGAUAAACCAGCGAAGGAAGCGACAAGUUAUGGAGCAUUCGGUUUUAAGAAGUUGAAAUGGGCAAUUGCCUUGAUGUUGAAUACUCGUGGGAUAAGAUGGAAUUAUCAAGUCAAGAACAUCCCGUAUCAGCCCAAACAAAUGAAGACGCAAUUUCUGAUAUCGCAAGUUUUUCAAUUCGUCAAGAAUAUGGUCAUAGGAGAUCUGCUAUUAGAGCUGGGAAGAAGAUUCUUUUACACAACCCCUGACGGGAGGGUCGGGGAAAUAAACAGCAAGUAUCUCUCAUUGAUGAGUGGCGGGCUUGGAUGGAGCUUCUUGAAGGUUUUGGUAUUUGGGUCAACUCCAUACUUCAUGAUGAGUAUGCAGUAUGCACAGUUUGCAUUUUUAGCUGUUCUGUUGGGAUUUAGCCAACCUGAGGAUUGGCCACCUACUUUUGGUAGGCUUCGAGGUACGACUACAGUGCGUGACUUCUGGGGCAAAUAUUGGCACCAGCAAUUGCGCUUGUUCCUGACUCAGUAUGUGGAUGCUUUCGCGGACUACUUCAACAUCCCAAAGGGCACCAACCUUUCCUCAUACACAAAGCUAUACCUUGCCUUUCUAAUCUCAGGUUUCUUCCAUGGAAUUUGCUCGCUCAUGAUGCCAGCACCCGAUAAUCUCUCCACAACUGAGAGAUCUCUGGGUUUCUUCCUAUUUUUCAUAUGGCAGGUUGCUGCUAUUACGGUUGAAGAUUUUGGUCAGUGGAUUGCUAGGAACUUCACUUCCGGAGAACUCCAAAGGGAAGGCAGUGCCAUGAGAAGGUGGAUAGGAUAUGCUUGGCUCAUUUUGGUCAUGUGGUUUGGGCUUCCCUUGGUAGGAGAUAUGUGUUUGAGGAUGAGGGUAGGAGUUGAGAAUCCGCUGCCGUUCAGCAUCAGCCGGGGCUUUGUGGAGGAGUAUAUUCCGAUCCCGCCCUCGAUCACAAAGUACUAGGAC